CGGGGCGGGGGCGCCAGGCGACCGCGGCUCGGCGGGACCAUGGAGCUCGCAGCGCAGCCCCGGCGCCGGCGGCGGAAUCGCGGACCGUUUUAAUUUUGACUGCUGUACUAUUGAUAUCUGAGCCAAAGUGGUGAUGCUACCUGAGGGGAAUUUCUGCAACCCGUAAGUCAACAGUUAUACGAUUGUGAGCCAUGCCUUUAGUGAAGAGGAACAUCGAACCCCGGCACGUGUGCCGGGGAGCCCUGCCCGAAGGGAUUACCAGUGAACUUGAAUGUGUAACCAAUAGUACUCUUGCUGCUAUCAUACGCCAGCUAAGCAGUCUAAGCAAACAUGCUGAAGACAUAUUUGGUGAGCUGUUUAAUGAGGCUAACAACUUCUACAUCAGAGCAAAUUCUCUUCAAGACAGAAUUGAUCGCCUUGCUGUCAAAGUUACCCAGCUGGAUUCAACAGUGGAAGAAGUGUCACUACAGGAUAUCAACAUGAAAAAAGCUUUCAAAAGUUCCACAGUCCAAGACCAGCAGGUGGUUUCAAAGAACAGCAUUCCUAAUCCCGUUGCUGACAUUUACAACCAGAGUGAUAAGCCACCUCCUCUGAAUAUUCUUACACCAUACAGAGAUGACAAAAAGGAUGGGCUGAAGUUCUACACUGAUCCUUCCUAUUUCUUUGACCUCUGGAAAGAAAAAAUGCUGCAGGACACAGAAGACAAAAGGAAGGAGAAGAGGCGUCAAAAGGAGCAAAAGCGUAUAGAUGGCACAACCCGGGAGGUGAAAAAGGUUAGGAAGGCCAGAAACAGGCGCCAGGAGUGGAGUAUGAUGGCAUAUGACAAAGAGCUUAGACCCGACAACAGGCUCUCUCAGAGUGUGUACCACGGAGCGUCUUCCGAGGGAUCCCUGUCCCCAGACACUAGGUCACAUGCAUCAGAUGUCACAGAUUACUCUUACCCGGCGACUCCCAACCACUCUCUGCACCUGCAGCCCGUGACCCCUUCUUACGCAGCCGGGGACGCGCCACCGCACGGGCCAGCAACCCAGGCCCCCGAGCAUGAGUACCGACCCCCCUCCGCCUCGGCGAGGCACAUGGCCCUAAACAGACCCCAGCAGCCGCCGCCGCCACCCCCACCGCAGGCCGCAGAGGGGUCCCAGGCCUCUGCACCCAUGGUGCCAGCAGACUACGGGAUGCUGCCAGCACAGAUAAUUGAGUAUUACAACCCCUCAGGACCUCCUCCUCCUCCACCACCCCCCAUGAUUCCUUCAGCACAAACUGCUUUCGUCAGCCCCCUCCAGAUCCCCAUGCAGCCCCCCUUCCCUCCCUCCGCUGGCUCCUCCUACCCGGCUCCUCCUCACCCUCCCACCGCUGGGCUCGUGGUCACAGCCCCGCCGCCUCCGGGCCCACCACCUCCUCCGCCGGGCCCCCCUGGCGCAGGCUCUUCUCGCUCAUCCUCCCCAAUGCAUGGCCCCCCUGCAGCUGAGGCAAAGCGCCAAGAGACGGCACAGCCACCCAUAAGUGAUGCUCGAAGUGAUCUUCUCGCUGCCAUUCGAAUGGGGAUUCAGUUGAAAAAGGUGCAAGAACAGCGCGAGCAAGAGGCCAAGCGCGAGCCAGUCGGGAAUGACGUAGCCACGAUCCUGUCCAGACGCAUCGCCGUGGAGUACAGCGAUUCUGACGACGACUCGGAGUUCGAUGAGAACGACUGGUCCGACUGAGGCGGCGCGCAUGCGCAGCGGGGGGGGGUGCGCUGCCGAACCCGGCGGCCACCGGAGGCCGUGUGUCGGAAAUGUCUUGAAAAUUUUAAGUGGUCUCAACACCCACAUAGUGGUAUUAUAAUCCUGUAGCUUAGCAACUUUUGUAUUAAUAAUGUGAUAUUGCUUUUGCACAUCCAAA